AUGGUGGAUAAAGUGAACUUAUAUUUUAAUUAUGGGGGUGAGUGGGUAUUGGAACCUACGUUGUCUUAUACUAAGAGAGAUGUGCACGUGUUGAGUGGUUAUGAAGUAGACCAUCUCUCUUAUAUUGAUUUGUGUAAAGAAUACACUGAAGUGAUAGGAUAUGUUGAGGUACAACAACUGAUAUUUCUUGACCCUUCUGGGAGGUAUUUUUUGUUAGAUGGGGACGAAGGGAUUAGGAAGAUUCAAUCCCUAAUUAAUGAUGGUUUCACUAAUGUACAAUUAUUUGGUGUUGACCUCUUGGAUAAUACUGUAAAUGUUCCUGUAUUUACCCAGUAUACAUCAACAAUAGAUAGUGUACCUGUUGUUGUAGCUUCUGACUGUGAUAGUACUGAAGAUGAUACAGAUAUUGAAAGUGUUGAUAGUGAUUAUUAUAGUAAUGCCCUAGGUUUAUUUGAGAGGCAGAAGAAGUGUGAGGUAACUGACAACCUUGAUAGGUAUAAAACAUUGGAAAAGGGUAUGACUUUCAAAGAUCUUGCUGAAGCUAAGGAGGUUAUUGGUUAUUAUGUUGUGUGUAAUAAGAGGGGCCUUAAGGUAGAUAAGAGUGAUAAGAGAAGACUUAGAUACAAGUGUCAGAUAGGGUGUCCCUUUAAAUGUCUUAUUUCUAAGGAUGGCAAAGAUCAAGGGGUAAAGAUAAAAACUUUAAGGGAUGAACAUGACUGUGGUGAAGUCUUUGAGAACAGAAGAGCUACUCCUGCUGCUUUAGCACAUUAUUUUAAGAGAAAGAUUCAAAAUAAACCUAAGUUUAAGAUUAAAGAGAUGAAGGUUGAUUUAGAGGAUAUAUUUAGUUUGAAUAUAUCCAAGGAUGCAAUGGAGGAAGGUAAGAGAAGAUUUUUGAGGAUGUAUGUCAAUUUCCAGGCCCUCAAGAGUGGAUUCAAAGCAGCUUGGGCUGUAGUGGAUAAGGAAACAAAGACAACCUGGCAGUGGUUCAUGGAGAACUUGAAGGCUUCUUUGGACUUGAGAGAUGGUGAAGGGUACACAUUCAUGUCAGAUAUGCAGAAGGGUCUGUUAGAUGCUGUGAGGAAUGUAUAUUUACAAUCAUAUCACAGAUAUUGUGCAAGGCAUAUUGAAGCAAAUUGA